UUCAUUGAUUCAUUGAAUGGACUUUUUGGGUUAUUUGAAGAAUCAACUAUAUAAUAAACAUAUCAUCACUAAAAUGUCAACAUCAUUGAUUUUUUGAUAAUCUAAUCAGAAAACAAACACAAAAUAUUGAUGUCUGAUUGACAAGUUUGAAAUCCAAAGUUAAAUUUGAUAGUGGUAAACAUUACCACAGAUCUAAAAACAGAAAAAACAGUGUCAUCCUGAUUAUCACUAUCGCUCAUACAAAAUCAUCAUCAUUGAGCGACAAAAAUUUUUUAUUUAUCAUUUCAUUUUGAUUGCCGUCAAUCAAAUCUAUUUUUUCUGACAAAAUGAUAUUAAAUCAGAAAAAGAGAGAAAAAUUUAUCAAAAAAUGGCUCUAUGGAUUUGAUUCAUCCGUGAUCUUUUAAUGAUGAUGAUAAUCACAAUAAUGUGUGUGUGUGUUAAUUGGCUACCAGUGUUUGCACUGUCAAUCAAUCCGGAAGAUUUGAAUUUUUUUGUUUGAUUUCAUCACUCAAACAAAUGAUGAUCAUACCAAGAUGUUGUCGACGAAAAUAUCGUCGUUGUUAUAAAUCCUGUAUUGGUGAUUAUAAUAACAACAAUAAUGACGAUGGUGAUGAUAGUGAUGAUGACCAUUCUGAUUAUUGUGAUGAAAUGAAAGAAAAUCGUCGCAUCGAAAAAUGGUUGAAACAAGAAAAACAUCGUCUCAAACGACAGAUACGAAUACUUUUAUUAGGAACUGGUGAAUCUGGCAAAAGUACCGUACUGAAACAGAUGAAAAUAAUACACGGCCAAAAUUUGGGUGAAGGACAACAACUGGAAGAGUUACGACAUGUAAUCUACUUCAAUAUACUUAAAGGUAUCAAAGUAUUGAUUGAUGCAAGAGCCAAAUUAUCGAUACCAUGGUCGGAUAAAACGGCCGAUAUACAAUCGAAAGCUGAUCUAGUAUUUCGUGCCGAAACAAAUAAUUUGAUUACUUUUGAAUAUUUUUCCCGUUAUACGGCAUUAAUCGAUCUAAUUUGGAAUGACGAUGGUAUUCAGACAACAUUUCAGAAACGGAAUGAAUAUCAAUUGAGCGAUGGUCUACCAUAUCUAUUUCGUAAUCUAAAAAGGAUCUCAUCACAUACUUAUGUGCCGAAUAAUCAAGAUUUGUUACAUGCACGUGUGCCAACACGUACUGUACUUGAAUAUACAGUCGAUUAUAAAAGUGUCGCAUUUCAUUUUAUCGAUGUUGGUGGUCAACGUAAACAGCGAAAAAAAUGGCUUCAAUGUUUUGAUAAUAUGCUCACAUCGAUACUAUUCAUUGUAUCAUCGAUUGAAUAUGAUCAAUAUCUUGUUGAAGAUACUUCGGUAAAUCGUUUGGAUGAAACAUUAGCUGUAUUUGAAUUGAUCAUAAAUUCAGAUUACUUUCAUCAUGCAUCAAUCAUAUUGUUUUUGAAUAAAACUGAUCUUCUAGCUGAAAAACUUAAACAAACAAAAAAAAUAAAACGGUCCAUAACAACAAUGGACAAUAUUCUUUACAAUUAUCAUCGGCCGCAAUUAUUGAAUGAAUUAUAUCCCCAAUACAGUGGUGAUCCAUUCAACCUUCAACAGGUGCAACAAUUUCUUCAAACACUUUUCGAACAACGACGAUCAUAUCGACCAUUAUAUACGCAUUUCACAACGGCUGUCGACACGGAAAACAUUAAACGUGUAUUCAAUGAUGUGCGAGAAACCGUAUUACACGAGAAUAUCAAAUCGAUCAUUAAUCUACAAUAAUAAUUUUUAUUUUAUGUUGAUCGAUUUGAAUUUUGAUUUUCAAGUUUCACUACUUCUACAAAUUA